CGCGAGGGGCGGUGCGUCCCGGCGAGGUCUCGCAAGAUGGCGGCGCCCCCGGACAUGGAGGUUUCCCCGACGCUCAGCCUGGAGCUGCUGCCCACGGACCCGCUGUUGCUCAUCCUCAGCUUCCUCGACUACCGGGAUCUGGUGAGUUGCUGCUAUUUGAAUCGAAGAUUAAAUCAGCUGUCAAGCCAUGACCCACUGUGGAAAAGACACUGCAAAAAAUACUGGCUCAUUUCAGACGAGGAAAAAAACCGACGGAAUCAGGGCUGGAGAGCCAUCUUCAUCAGCACCUACUGUGAUUUGGGAAGAUACAUCCACUACUAUGCCACGCUGAAGAAAGCCUGGGACGACCUGGAGCAGUACCUGGGGCAGUGGUGUCCGCGCAUGAUUGGCUCUUUGAAAGAGAGUGUGAGGGAGGAAGAUCUGGAUGCUGUGGAAGCACAAAUCCACUGCAAACUCCCCGACGACUAUCGGUGUUCAUUCCGUAUCCAUAAUGGGCAGAAGCUGGUUGUUCCAGGUCUGAUGGGAAGCAUGGCCCUGUCGAACCACUACCGCUCCGAGGACCUGCUGGACAUCGACACGGCGGCCGGAGGCUUCCAGCAGAGGCUGGGGCUCAAGCAGUGCCUGCCCCUGACCUUCUGCAUCCACACUGGCCUCAGUCAGUACAUGGCCCUGGAGAGCGUGGAGGGACGGAACAAAUACGAGAUCUUCUAUCAGUGCCCAGACCAAAUGGCUCGCAAUCCAUCUGCUAUUGUUAUGUUCAUUACAGGUACAUCUUACUUGGAAUGGUUUACAUCCUAUGUAAACAAAGUUGUCACUGGAGGCUAUCCUAUCAUCAGAGACCAGAUUUUCAGGUACGUGCAUGAUAAAGAUUGUGUCGCUACCACAGAAGAUAUCACUGUGUCUGUGUCCACCUCUUUUCUACCUGAGCUCAGUUCUGUACAUCCACCACAUUAUUUCUUCACUUACAGGAUCAGAAUUGAAAUGUCCAAAGAUGCCCUUCCUGAGAAUGCCUGUCAGCUGGAGAGUCGAUACUGGAGAAUAACAAAUGCCAAAGGUGACGUGGAAGAAGUCCAAGGUCCUGGAGUAGUUGGAGAGUUCCCAGUUAUCAGCCCAGGGAAGGUCUACGAGUACACCAGCUGUACCACAUUUUCCACAACCUCUGGAUACAUGGAGGGCUACUACACCUUCCACUGCCUCUACAACAAGGACAGAUUCUUUAAUGUCACAAUCCCUAGGUUUCAUAUGGUGUGUCCGACGUUCAAGGUGUCUACAGCGUGAACGGCAACAAAUCCUGAUGAAUCUGCAGUGGACGAAGACCAGGAUUCCACAGGCACUGAUGACUCCUGAGAUCCACGUAGAGUGUUGGACAUUCCUGCACCCUCUGGAUGCUGCCCGUGUCACUGUUAAUGGGAUUUUUUCCCAAAUAAACUGUUUGCAUAAGAUGAACUGCUCGGGGCUAGUGCAUAGGAAUAUUUCUGACUGUUGUAAAUGAACUCUGUUGCACAUCAGGGCAACUAGCAUGAAUGUUGGUGCCAGUUCUCAUACUCAUUAGAGCAUAACUUCUAUUUCCCUGGUUUGGAAGCGGGGGAAGAGGGAGGAAAACAGGGGGAGGAAGAGGAAGAUGGUUGGGCUUUGUUCACUUUUUUCUGAAGUGUGAAACAGCUUGAUAGUCCAAGGUACUCAUAUCUUACGUUUUUAAAGUAUUGCCUGUUUAUUUAUGAUCAUACUGCAAACGUGGUGUGGGGAUUUGGUUUUAUACAAAGCGUUGUGUCCUGUUGUCCUUUCUUCUGAGUUUCUGCUCUGGAUAACUGCUGCUAAGAAUGGAACUUGCAGUUUGGUCUGAAUAUCCCGUUUGGGUGAGAUUAGGUGCUGUUAUGCUAUUUUUUUUCUUUUUAAUUAACAGCAAAAGAUUCUGGUCAUCAAAAUGUAUCAAAUAGAAGUGAAACUGGCCUUAUUUUUAGACAAUGUCUGUCAGCUGGAUUUUAUGCUAAGUGACUCUGACUGGAGAAUGCCUCUGGGAAUGUAGUGCCCAUGCAUAAUCUGCCACUCAUUAACUAAGGAACUUCUUAAUGACUGCAGAGUAUGGAUUUGUAAAUACGUUUUGAGGGGUUACAUGAUGUUUGCUGUUGUCAUAGGUGACAAAUUUAUGCUAUGUAUCAUGUUUUCCUGAGCCCUGGAUGGAUUUUUGUAACUGAAUAAAAAAAAAAAAAAAAUUAAAAAA